GUUAAGAAAAUAAAAAAAAUCAACACAUGCUCAAAAUUUAUGAGGGCACGAAAUGCGGCCCAAAACACGAGUUUGGUAAGGUACGAGGGGUGUUUUCGCUUUGUUGGUCGAUCGACUGGCAGGCUAUUCUAUUUGUCACAUCCCCAGAGUGCACGCCGUCUUUUUCGCUCGCACUCACUCACUCUCUCUCAGUCAUUCACUCAUUCAGUCAAUGCUCGGUGGGUGAUCAAUACGUGCGGCCUCCCGCCCGCCCGCCAGCCCACCCACGCUGCAUGUUAACAACCCAUUUAAUGUGUGCCGUCCCACUUUCUGCACACGCAGAUUCCGCCGCAACUGCCGCUUUUCAGCUGAUUCGCGCGCCGAGGAGGAAAAAUCUCUUUCCGCAACCAUAUUUCACGUUUGAACCGUGGUAAAUAAUAAAUGUAUUUCUUGGAGAAAACACCUGUUUUGGCUUUUAGCCAUUUUAUUGUGAAAUGUGGCGAAUAUUUCACAAUCAUUUUUCUCGUUUUCAGCGGUUUGGCAAAGAUCCCAUUUUGCGCGGUAAAAAUCUAGAGCCAAAUGUGAUAAACUCCAUGCCAGAAAAGUUGGGGUUGCCGUGUGUACUGUGUUAGGUCUGGGUGAAAAAGGUGCUAGUGUUAGCCGGGUCCUUUUCAGGGCAAGACUAUGGAUUUUGAGGGACCCGUAGAAAACCCAUUGGAACUGAUCUCGAACGGCGCACCUUGGCAGGUGCCGCCAGAGGAAAUGAAAGAAUACUGGAGGCAUAACCUGGCCCAGUACAAGAGACGCAUCAUUUUACUGUCCGAAGUGAGAGAGAUGGAAAUGGCAACGUUGCCAUACGCCAUGCUAAAACACAUCUUACCUACAGACUUUGUUGCCGGAAUUUCCGAGGCACUCUUUAAAAGUACGCACGAAGUCACCUUCAACACGGUCAAAAACUUGGUCAUCUCCUACUACUGCACGUAUGAUACGCUCAAGAAGGAGCUGGAGGCAUCCGGAAAGCCUCAGCCAAAAGAACUGCCGUCCGUGGUGCUGCACAGGUUGCAAGAACGGAUCAGGCUAGAUGGAGACGGUGGCAAAGCGGUGCUCAAGUUUUGGAUUGGCACCCUGCCGAAAAUAUUCGCGCACCACAUGGAAAAGUUCAAGUCGUGGCCGUAUAAUGAGCAGGCCAUCGUCGCCGACACCUUCUUCAGGGUGGCUGGCAAUGCCCGUCAGACGGAGCCCACCGAGACGGGACAGCCCCCCUCGCUUCUCGAGAACAGGCUGGAUUCGUUGGCGCAAACGCUUUUGGCACGCGGCUACACACCCUGGAAGAGGAGCCACCGGCGCAGUUACUUGAGGGCCCGUUUCAGCCCACAGGGUCUAUGCUACUACCACAACAAAUUCAAGGACAAAGCUCGCGUCUGCGUGCUCGGUUGCACCUACAAUAAGGAGCCGCCAAAGCCAGCUGAAAAUUGAAUCGCAAGAAUGCCCUACUUUUGAAUAAUUUGAUAGACACCUGUGAUGUGUACAAGUUUGUCAAGACACUGCUUGAAUUAAUUUCCAGUGAAACUUCUAUUUUAUAAUUUUAUUAUUAGUAGAACUGAUCGCCAUUUCUUGCUUUCAAACUGUCUAUUUAAUGUAUAAAUUAUUGUAUUGACCAUUGCAAGAAUAAACGAGAAUAAUUAAUUAAAUUGCUCAAAUUUCGUGUGUACCAAACUUUUUAUGUCCAAAUAAACAGAGAUGAAUGUUAACUGUACGAGAAAUAGGGAUUUAAAAUUUUUCUCUUAAGUUUCCACUCGUCAUAAGCAGGUUUGGGGAUUGUAGAAGGUUUUCGAGCCAUUUUUACGCUGACGUUUUUCGAUUUUUUUUCAUGCCAAAAUUAUUACAUAUUCAUGAGGUUGCCAUUAGUUGCUUUUUCCUAAAAUUUUCCUAAAUAUCAUAUUUACACCACAAAAUUCACACUAGACAAAAAGACGCUUUAAAGGUGUUUUUCAGAUGGUUUACGGCAGUUUCAAAUGGUUUUUGGCUAAGGAGGUUUUUUUAGCGUUAAAAACCCUAAAAAUUGGGGGAUGCCUCUAUAUUCUCUGCCGAAAAGUAGUCCUAACUCGCUAUAAAACACUAGGUCGUCUUAAAUUCCCAGGCCUAAUCAAACGAAAUCAACUUCAAUCAACUCUGUGCAGAGUAGAACAAUUUCGAUAAACAAAUAAAUCACCAUUGAACCUGAAACUCGUCAUCUGGCCUUUUUAUGACCAAACAUAUUUCCUCAAAUUUCCCUCUAUUAUCGAUUGUCAGACCUCUUUAGUUCGACGUCGUUCGUCGUCGCUCUAUGAGGUUGGGUUGAACCAAAAUCUCGAGUUUCUCACGCCACGCGCCCUCCAUUUCGCCGUGAUUGGCAGGCAAGGUGUGCAAAUAAUAAAAGAUGCUAGAGUUGGAAGGGAAAAAUGAUAAUGCCUGCAGGGGAAAGAGCCCUGUGGCAAUAAAAAUAGGGGUUGCCUUAAUAAAGGAGCACUCGCGCCAUAAAUAGGCCGCUGUUUUUUAUUGCGUUCGCCCGGCAGCAGCCCUCUCAAUAAAGCUGGUCGUUUUAUAGGUCAAAUGUCAACCGGCUCGAUGGAAUGAGAUGUGUGAUUGCUCGUAUUUUUCCAUCUUACUUAUUUGUCUUCCAGCUGCACGAGCGGACAAAUCACGACAGGCCUGUUUUCUUUUCCCUCUCGGUCUUGCUAUUGGUUUAGAUUUUUCACUCGCUUUCAUGAGAGUUUGCUCGUCUGACAAUGCGUUAAACCAUAAAAAUAUUAUCCAGUUCGCGUUUGAAUAUUUUUUGUGCUUUUGACCAU